UAAUGGUUGUCAAUUUGUAGAUUUCUUUUUGGUAUCACUACAAAUAUAUUAACACAACGAGUAGAAGUGUCAAAAUUAUUCUCAAAUUAAUAAAAUAAUGUCGUGUAAAGUUGGUGCAAGAGUAGAAAUCACUGGAAAAGAUUGUUUAGGAUACAUAGCAUAUAUUGGACAUCCAACUUUUGCAUCAGGAAAAUGGAUUGGAGUAAUUUUAGAUGAACCAAAAGGCAAAAAUAAUGGAACAAUUAAAGGACAAACAUAUUUUAAGUGUGCGGAAAAUCAUGGAAUGUUCGUUAGGCAGAGUCAAAUCAUCAUCAUUGAUGACACAGGAAACAAGGUUGAUCCAACAAGUCCUGGAGGUGGAAAUAAUACCGGUUCUGAUGAUGCUGGUGCAGCAAGGGCUAGAAGUCGUUUAACUAGUACAAGCUUACGCAGGAGAAAUGAGCCAACAUCCAUCAAAAGAAAAACAUCUACUGCGCAAGUUAUUCAACAACAUACUGAAAAAAUAACCGGUUCGAGACUUUCAUUAGCUGGUAGUCGAACUCAAUUGAGUGCUCCAAGUAUUGAAAGUCUUACUGGAUCACAACAUGACCGAAAAGAUAUCGGAGAAUCAGGAAUUCCUAUUCCAAUGUCUGUCAAACGAUCAUCUUUUGUGGAGACUGGUUUUGUGGAAACCUUAAAACCAAAUUUUGUACCUGGCCAAUCCAUGACUGGUUCAAUAAUAUCAUCAGCAUCAAGUGGCACAGUGUCUGCUAGUGGUAAUGUUGAAGAAAAACUUAAUCAUAUGCAAUUACUUCAAGAGAAUGAAAAUUUGAAAGGACAGGUAAUGGAUCUUAAUGAGAAACUUGAAUUAUUACGAACUAAAAGACUGCAAGACAAAGAAAAAAUGAAGGAAUUUGAAAAAACCAAACUUCAAUUAGACCAGCUAUUAGAGUUUAAAUCAAAGGUGAUGGAAAGUCAAGCAAGUCUCCAGCGAGAACUUCAAAGAGUAAAACAAGAGCUACGUGAAGCGCAGCUUGCUAAAGGGUCAUAUCAAGAAGAAAUGGCAGAUCUUGCUGAAACAGUUGAAAUGGCAACUCUUGACAAAGAAAUGGCUGAAGAGAAAGCGGAAACUCUUCAACUUGAAUUAGAACAAUUAAAAGAAAAAUUAGAAGAAAAAACACUUGAUUUAGAAAUUCUACGUAAUGAAAUGUCAGAGAGGCUCGGUAGUGAUGGUACUAGUAGUAAUGGAACAGGACCUUCUACUUACGAAGUAAAACAAUUAGAGCAGCAAAAUAUUCGUCUUCGUGAAACUCUAGUAAAAAUGCGAGAUUUAUCGGCACAUGAAAAACACGAAUACCAGAAACUUCAAAAAGAUUUAGAUCAGAAAAAGUCAGAAAUAUUAGAAUUGCGAAGAACGAAAGAAAAAUUAUCUGCCAGAGUAGAAGAAAUGGGUCAUCAAAUAGCUGAUCUACAAGAACAAGUUGAUGCGGCUCUUGGUGCUGAAGAAAUGGUAGAAGCUUUAAGUGAGAAGAAAAUGGCACUUGAAGAACGUGUUGCUGAAUUAGAAGAAGCUGUAUCUGAUCUUGAAGCUCUUCAAGAUACGUCAGAUCAGCUGGUUGAAUCAUUGAAAGAGGUAGAAUUGGAGUUAAGAGAAGAUUUAGAUCUUGCUCUUGGUAAAACUCGUGAUGCCGAACGCCAUCGAGAUGCAGCACUAGAGACAUUAGCAGAUCGAGAAAUGACAAUUGCUAAAUUCCGAGAGUUAACUAGUCACUUACAAACAGAACUGCAAGAGUUGAAGAAUCGUGUACAAUCAACAGAAUCAAUACAAAGUGGUACUCGAGGUGCGGAACAACAACUCGCUGAAAUUUUGGACUUCCAAAAGACUUUUGCUGAAACUCGUGCACAAACUAAAGCUGUAGAUCUUGAAUUACGACGAUUAGAUGCAGAAGAAGCUCGUUCUCAUGUAAAAUAUUUACUUUCAUUUAUGCCACCUGCAUUCUUAGCACGCGGAAGCGAUCAUGAUGCUAUUAUGACGCUUCUGUUAAUACCACGAAUGAUUCGAAAAACUGAAAUAUUGAUAUCACAAGUGAGAGACAAAUAUCAAGCAAUCGAUAAAGUUGACAGAUCGUCUUUGGUUAAAGGCCAUUCAAUUGCACAGUAUAUAUUUAGAUCUCAUCUUUGUGGUCAUAUGUUUGCAUUACAAACAGCACUUGGAGCUUUUGAAUCCACACUUCAAGUUUGCACACCAGAAGUAUUACUCAAAGUUGGAGCAGUUUAUCCAGAAAUGGCAGCUCAAGAAAAAUCUUUAGAUUCUUUAAUUUAUCUUGCUAAAAAAGAUCAACUCGAUGAAAACAUUUCUCUGGAAGCUAUUGAGAAAUGUUGUGCUUAUUUCGGAACAAUGCUUUCAGUUCUUUUUGGUGAUAGUUUUAUGGCUAAUCAAUGCAGGAUGGUUAUUAAUGGAACAAGAACACUUGGCAGUUUUUGUGAUGCUAUUACGACUCAAGCUAUUGCAAUAAAAACUCUUUUAGAUGGAGAUAUGAGUGGUGAUAUAGGUUUAGUGUGUCAACAUAUUGAAACAAGUUGUGAAGUGAUUCAACAAAAUUUAAAUACAGCCAGAAGACGAGUGCCGCGUGAUCAAGGUCCGAAUAGUAGAAUAAAUAUUGGUUUAGAUAAAAAUUGGUCUGAAAAAUUCAUAAAUACUUAUCAACAUGCAGUUAAAAUAACAAAAACUUUCCAAGAUUUGUUAAAAACUGCUAUUCAAACUAUUAUUACUAAUGGAGACUUAGACACUGGAUUAAGUGCAAACAAACUUAAAGAAAUGGCUGCGAUAUCCAGUGAAAAAAUUUAUGAUACAGAUGAUUUAGGACCAGUUGCUACUUUGAAAGCAAGUGUAGUUGUUUUACAAGAAAUGGCAACUGAAGUAGCACAAAAAAUGGCAGAAUGCGAAAAUGAGAUUGCCAUUGGACAAAUUCAAAUUCAGCCAUCAGGUGAUGGUAACAAAGAAGUUAUUUGUCCAAUACAAUUACGUGCACAAAUAGCACGAAAAGAACUUGAGGAAACUAAGAUUCUUGCACGAAAACUAGAAACAAGGGAUGUUGAUAUACGAGAAAUUAAACUGACACUUCGUGAAAAACAAGAAGAACUUUCAGAAAUGAUAUUGCGAAAAGAAUUAGCAGAAAAACGACUUGCUAAUCAACAGCACGAAAAUGAACUGACCGUUGAAAAAUUGAAAAGAAAAUUAGAUGAAGCACAAAAUCAAUUAAAGCGAAAAGAAAAAGAAUUUGAAGAAACAAUGGAUCACUUGCAAACUGACAUUGACAGUUUAGAAACAGAGAGAGGACAAUUGAAAGAAAAACUAAAAUCCCUUGGCAAAAAAGCAGCAACUCCUGCUGGUACUCCACUGUCAGGUCCAAUGUCAGAAAGUGCUAUGAGUUUGUCUAGCGGUGGUGAUGGCAAUAAUUCACUUGCUGGAAUACCAAUUACUUUUGAUAAUAAAUUAUUAGUCCAAGAAAUAUCUAUAUUAAAGGAAGCUUUGGCUAAUGUAAAUCGAUUAAAGAGUAAAUAUGCUUCUGAAACUCUUAGAAAUAAAUUGAAUUCAUUAGAGCCAUUACCUGUUUCAAUUGAUCAAAAUAAUGUUGAUUCUGAUAUUGUAACUUUACAAGAAAAACGACUGCAAUUACUUAAGGAUUUGAAAGGUAUAAUUGCGUAUUCAACAGUUCCUGAUUUAACUCGUGGAUUAAAAUCUGUAGAGAACGAAAGAGUCAUUCCUGCGUAUGAAUUAGUCAAGCAACAGAUCAGGAUUCGAGAUUUGACUCAACGUUCUCAAGAAUUGAUAAAUCAACUGUAUCAAAUAAGGAUAAGAAAAACAGCUGGUGGAAAAGCAUCAACAGACUUUUCACUAUUUCCAAAUCGUGAAAUGGCUUCAGCAAUGAAAGAAAAAUCCGGACUUCUAACAGCACAAAUUGAUAUUCCACAUAAUGGACAAUCACAAAUACACACUGUUAAUGUAAACACUCAUGAUCUACGAAAAGUUCACUCGCUUUUAUGCUAUUAAUAAAUCAUUUUGAUUUUUUUAUUAUAAAUAUUAUUGGCAAUUAA